AGAGGUCGCGCCGCCGCCUAUAGUAAUCAUUGACAUGGUAGGGUGACCAUCGGUGCUACCGUUUAAGUGAUCAGGUGGUAAACAGUGAGCCAAGUUGUAUCGUGUGUGGUGUCGUGUCCUAGUGCCCAGCAACCCUGGCCCCCCGCAAUGCUUGCAUGGAGCCCGCCCUCCCCUCACCGCCCUCCGACUCUGAUUCCGAAUCAGGGGACGAAACCGUUCCCGCCGAUCCGGAACAAUGGAAGCAGGUUGACGUGGUGCGAUGUGUGCGUUGGGUGUCCCGUACUUUCAGCGUGCCGGCACCGCGCCGACACCUCCUGCCGCCCACUGGCCCUGCGCUACUCGCCCUCACUGAGGACAACUGGCUUCAGGUGUGCGGUGGCAACUCUCAGGCGGCGCGCAUCUUUCAUGCUUACCUGCAGCAUGCAAACGCAGCUGCAAAGGGUCGUCCGCCGCCGCCACCUCUGCCAGAGCACCAGGCACCCUCUACGAACUCUGCACCUGAACAACCGUAUGCGGCGUUAAGUGCGUGCGCGCGGAGCGGUGGAGGGCAGGUUCAGUUGUGGCAGUUCCUGCUGGAGGAGCUGGCGGCUGGUGCACCUGGCAUCUGUUGGGAAGGUGCUCCUGGAGACGGCGAGUUCCGUCUAUCGGAUCCGGACGAAGUGGCGAGGCGCUGGGGCCGGCGCAAGCAGAAGCCCAACAUGAACUACGACAAACUGUCCCGUGCCCUCAGAUACUAUUACGACAAGAACAUCAUGAGCAAGGUCCACGGAAAGAGGUACGCAUACCGUUUUAGCUGGGCGGGGCUGGCGGCGGCGUGCCAGGCGCAAGCGCCCGACGCGCCACCCUACUGGCACUACCUCGCACCGCGGCCGCCACAUCCUCACCCGUCUGCUUCUUCCGCGCCCCCGCCGCCCGUGCCACAGCCUCACCCGACCACCACUGCUGAUAACACGCACCAUCUCGGCACUCAGUGACUACAGUACAGACUACAGUGAAUUGGUGAAAGUGCGAUAAGUCUUUAAAAGUUAUUUUACUUACCUGUUACUUAUAAAGAUUGAACUCUAACUUGAGGUUUAAAAUAUUUUAUAGUUUAUUUUAUGUACAAUGAUGAGUAAUCCAAGCUUUGACUACAAUUGGGAAUUCCGGAGUCAUUAUUUUAUUUGAACAGAAAAAAUUCAUACGUGUUUAUAUGUCGUUGCGUAAGUGAAUUACUUUUGUAUGUGUGCAGAGUUUUUCUCGUUAAUAUUUUUUGAUAACAUUUACUUAUUAUUAUUGAAUUGUUAAGUGAAAUUUUUAUUUUCUUAUUUUAUUUAAUGAUGUUCGAUCAUACUCUGUUAAGAUAUACCUACAAUAAUUUUGUUUCUGAAUUAUCAAAGU